UAAAUACAGGCACGCGCAGCACAGCACAACACAACACAACACAAGGCACCCUGAUCACGUUGCACUGACAAAAAACCAGAACCCAAAAGACAAACUUGAGAGAGCAAAACAAGGCCGAGAGCUUCUCCCUCUCUCUCUCUCUCUUCACAAAGAGGAAGACCGUUUGCUGCUCCCACUUUCGUCAAAGAUGAACUCCUCCACCACUGCCGUGGACGGGGGCUUCCACAAGUGGAACUCGCCGAUCCCGUACCUGUUUGGAGGAUUGACCAUCAUGCUGGGCCUCAUCGCGGUCGCGUUGGUGGUCCUCGCCUGCUCCCACCGGAAGUCCUCGGCAUCGUCGGCCUUGAGCCAUGAUCCCGAGGAUCAAGCCGGGGCGAAUGGCGAUGACGAGAAGCCGUCGAAGAUGGAGCUAGAGGACAUUGUGCCCAAGGUGGUCAUAAUGCCCGGGCACGAGAAUCCCACGUUCUUGGCGAAGCUUGCUUCGAGUUCAACCGCGAGCCACGACGGAUGCCAACAAGUUUGAGCGAUCAUCAUCGCCGAUCAAUCUUUCAUUUGCUUGUGAUAUUGUAUGGAGAGAGUGCUGGAUUUUGAGAUCCCUUUCUUCCUUUUUUUGGUUUUUCCAUCGCUUUUUAGGAAUUACAUCGAUUCUUUCAUUUUCGCAAAUAUGUAAAUAGAAGGAUUUUUCUUUCCUAUGUACAUGAGUUGUGCUUCUUCUA